AUGAAAGGAGGCAAUUUAAGAGAAUUCUUGAAAAAUAAAAAUAGUGAAUUAGAUUUAAGUGACAAACUUACGUUAUUAUUAAACAUUGCUCAAGGGUUAAAAGAUAUUCAUAAAAAGAAUUUAGUUCAUCGCGAUCUACACAGCGGAAAUAUACUAAAUUUUUGUUCUAUUAAACUUAGAAAGUUUAAAACAGUUAGUUAUAUCACUGAUCUGGGUCUCAGUCAACCAGCUAGUUACCAAAAACAGGAAGGUAAAAUUUUCGGUGUUCUUCCUUAUGUGGCUCCGGAAGUGCUACAAGGUCAACCUUAUACCCAAGUUGCCGAUAUUUAUUCUUUUGGGAUGGUGGCUUAUGAACUAUUGGCUAAUGCUUAUCCUUACUAUGACUUUGAAGGAGAUGAAACUAAAUUAGCCUUAAAUAUAUAUGCUGACCCAAAAAAAAGACCAAAUGUUGAAUAUUUAGAUCAUGAGGAAUACAAUACUUUCUCCCAAAAUACUCCUUACCAAAUCCAUUCAAUAGCAACAACUACUAGCCAACUCAUCAACACCCAACAAAUUGCGCAAUUAUUCCAAGAAGCUAAGCAACAAGCCUUAGCACAAGAACUAAAACAUAUCGAAGCAUUAAUAGAUCAACCACUUACUGAUGAACAAAAAGAACUAGUAAGUGAUUUUAUUCAAACUAAAAAGCUAACCAUCCAAGACGAAGCAGAUGAACAAGCCGAAGAUCAAGCUUGA